AUGAACCGACUCUCAUCAGCAGUGACGAACUUGUCCAUUGCCACAAGACAACAGCUGUACAUGAUUGAUGCUGUUACUCCGGGGUGUCCCUUUUUCCUCCCACAUGGCACUAGAAUCUUCAACAAGCUGGUGUCCUUCAUGAAGCUCAAGCAGCGCCAGUAUGGGUUUGAGGAAGUCAUCACCCCCUUGAUCUAUCGCAGACAGCUAUGGGAAACGUCGGGCCACUGGGAUAACUAUAAGGACGACAUGUUCCGGGUCGAAGGGAAUGACCUUUCCAAAGAAGAGUACGGGCUGAAGCCCAUGAACUGUCCAGGUCAUUGUAUGGUGUUUGCGAGAUUCGACAGGUCCUACAACGAGUUGCCCAUCAGGCUCAGUGAUUUCAGCUCGUUGCACAGGAACGAAUCGUCGGGCUCUUUGAGUGGGCUGACGAGGGUCAGAAGGUUCCACCAGGACGAUGGCCAUAUCUUCUGUACCAAGUCUCAAGUGCACAGCGAGAUCACCAACUCGCUGAAGAUGAUUGACGAGUGUUACAAAGUAUUCCAGGUGCCUGAGUAUAAGCUGUUGCUCUCCACGAGACCAGAGGAGUACAUUGGUGAGCUGGAGGAGUGGAACGUUGCAGAGGAUACUUUGAAGUCCGUGUUGGAGUCUACAGGACGGGAAUGGACCAUAAACGAAGGUGACGGGGCCUUCUACGGCCCGAAGAUUGACGUUAUACUGAAGGAUAACCUGGGUAAGGACCAUCAGGCUGCGACGAUCCAGUUGGACUUCCAAUUGCCUCAUAGAUUCCAGUUGAAGUACCAAAAUGACAUCAACGAACUUGACAGUCCAAUCAUGAUCCACAGGGCAGUGUUUGGAUCAUUGGAGAGGUUCUUUGCCAUCUUGAUGGACCAUUAUAACGGUAAAUGGCCAUUCUGGUUAAGUCCAAGACAGGCCGUGAUCAUCCCAGUCAGUGACAAGCAUCGUGAAUUCGCCCAGAGUGUCUCCAACAUGAUAAACGACAACGAUGACUUCGAGUCCAAGAAGUUCUACAUAGAUAUCGAUGAGAAGAACGAAACUGUUGGGCAUAGAAUCAAGGAAUGUGUCCAAAGGGGUUAUACCUAUAUCAUCAUGAUUGGAGAUAAGGAGCUGGAGAGUGGUCAAGUUGCAAUCAGAAGACAUGACGAAAGGAAGCCAACAAUGAUGACCCCUGAGCAAGUUAGAGGGAUGUUCAUUGAGUUGGACAAAACACACGCAUAA